CAUAAUCUUCUACAGGAGCUCAGCAUUUAUAAGAGGGGCCCUGAGCCCCGACCGGCCCUCACAGCGAGCCCAGCGUAGAGCUCCACACAUCUGCCGCGCUCACACCGACUCGUCUGGACGUCCUGCUCCAAAAGCAGCCGACUCACAGACACUAAAAAAGCUCAAAAUGAAUCUCGAGCCGCCCAAAUCUGAGAUCAAGUCGGCCACCCGAGUCACUGGAGGCCCUGCCACCCCGCGCAAGGGCCCGCCCAAGUUCAAGCAGCGGCAGACCCGUCAGUUCAAGAGCAAGCCUCCGAAGAAGGGGAUCCAGGGAUUUGGUGAUGACAUUCCUGGAAUGGAGGGCUUAGGCACAGACAUCACUGUCAUUUGCCCCUGGGAGGCCUUCAAUCACCUGGAGCUGAACGAGCUGGCCAAGUACGGCAUCAUCUGA